UAAAUAUAAAGAAAGAUCCGUAACAGCACAGUGUUUGAAAAAUAUGUUUGUCUCAAUAUUACAAUGGUGUCAUCCCGAUAAAUAUAUUACUGACUUGCUUUUCGAUAAAUUUAUAGACAAUAUUGUCAAAGAAGUAUUACAGUCUUUGAAAAAUAAAAAUUCUCUGCAUCCAAUAUUGUCGAUAUCGUCUAAACAUUUCUCGAUUUGGAGAAAUAAUCAUAUUGAUAAAAAUUUUUGGAGCGAAACGCACGCAAAGUCGAUUAAGUGUGAACUCGACAAAAUUAUCAUAAGUUUUGAUUCUUAUGAAUCAUGGAUGGAACCAAAUCAGAUAAGUACGAAACUGCUGACUAAAAGACAUAUACUAUAUUAUAAACAUAUGUUGUGGGUGAAUAUAUAUAUCUACGUUGCAAAUAGAUUGGGUUUACAUGUUGUAACAACACCAUCACACAAGGAUGUAGCAAUAGACAACGGUUUUAAUCCAAAAGAUAUACAUUUGGUUUGGCAAUCCAGAAAUUGUACAGAAAGUACAGAAUGUUUCAUAUUUGAAUGGACAGAUGACCAAGAUAAUUUAAAAAUUUCUGACAUAAAAAAAUGCCGACAAGUGCCCUUUUGUCCAAACACAUUCAAUUCGCCAAGGAACGAAGACGAGAGGGACCUCAAUUUUUUACUUCACUCUCUUUUAAAUAAUAGGAUAAACAAUGUAUUAUUACCGUUUGAGCCAAUAUUUACUUCAAAUGAAGCGUUUGUCCAUGAAAGAUCGCCUGAUCUAAUAUUUGCGAUUGGUAUGAUAGUUACACAUACGCAUAAAAUGAAAGAUAAUACACGAAAAGAUAUUACUGGUGUCAUUAUUGGGUGGCACAACAAAUGCCGCAAAUGGAUUCGAUAUAAAAACAAACGUUGUACUCCGAAUAAAAUUAAAAAAGAGUGUAUCCAGAAAUAUAACAUUAAAGAUUGGAAAUCGCAACCAUACUACGUUAUGUUAGUUGAAAAUGACCUGUGUUAUGUUCCGCAAUGUGCUAUAACAUCGACAUGCGAAAAAUGGAUAGACAAUACAGAAAUUGGAAGAUAUUUCUGUAAAUUUGAAGGCACUCAUUAUGUGCCAAACGAAGUACUAGAACAAUAUUAUCCAGACGAUGCCGCAGUCGUUCGCGAAAUAUUGAGUAGUCGUAAAUAAUAUAAUAUUUUGGAUGGUGCAGAAGUGUGUAUGUGUGUGUUUGGUGUCUGCUAUUUUAACGACGGCCUAGGUUAAAAUCCAGAUUAAAAUUUAAAAAUAUUGGUCUAUUUGAUACCCAUCUCUCAGAAGGCAAUGAUUGUAAAGUCAUCUAGAGCAUUCUGCAAAGAAAGCAGUAUUUUUAUAAAAUUCCGCAAUAUAUAUAUGUAUAUUUAGCUAAUAUUCUGAAGCUUAUAUUUUGACAAGGAGAUAGAUAAUGUGUUAAAAUAUUUGAGAUGUCCAAAAAAUUACGAUUAAUAACAUUAAAAUUAUUUAGAAAUAUUUAUACACACACUUAUGUAUUUA